UCCUUCACGUUAUCAUUAUUUUGAAUCAACCGCAGAGCGCCCUUCGCAUCACGCUUUUGCCUGCUUUUUCUUCUUUCUUUAAAUCAAAUUUCAUCACAUCUCUUUUCCUGAAUCCUGUCUUUUUCAAAUAAACAUUUAGCCUUUUCCUUUAUAAUUUUGGAAGUUAAAUCGAAGCCCACAGUAAUCCAUCCACAUAGGUUAUUUAUCUCGCAUUCGGAUUAUCGGAUAUUUGCCAUGGCAUGAAUAAAGAAGCAGAGUACUAAAAGUGUCGUCUGGGUUAUUAUCUUCAAGGUGGAAAAGGUAAAAAAAAAAAAGAUCUGGCAAUUUGGGGUUUCGAGAAGCUUCAGAUGGAAACAGUUGAUAGCAGUGUAAAAAAGGACGAGUUUGAUUCGUUCAAUAGCAUAGCAACAAGUUCGAGUUCGAGCAAUUCAGUCACGUCUUCUAAAGAAUCUUGUUCUUCCCCUGCUCCUCUUGGUUGGCCUAUUAGACAGGCUCAAGUGAUUAGCAAAUGCGAUGUUUUUAAAGACAAAUUGAAAACAAAAACCCAUUUUGAAGGUGAAUCCAAAACCAAGAAAAUGAGCACAACAGUUUCAGAAAUGGAAAUGAUGAAAGAGAGAUUUGGCAAACUAUUACUUGGCGAAGACAUGUCUGGAAGUGGCAAAGGGGUUUGCACAGCUUUGGCCAUCUCAAAUGCCAUAACAAAUCUUUGUGCCACUGCAUUUGGUCAGUUAUGGAGAUUGGAACCUUUGCCUUCUGAUAAGAAACAAAUGUGGCGAAGAGAGAUGGAAUGUCUUCUUUGUGUUAGUGAUCACAUUGUUGAAUUUAAACCCUCUUGGCAAACAUUAGCAGAUGGAAGUAGGCACGAGAUCAUGAGUUGCAGACCAAGAUCAGAUAUUUUUGUCAACCUCCCAGCUCUUCGCAAACUAGACAACAUGCUUUUGGAAAUACUUGAUAGUUUCACUAGCACGGAGUUCUGGUACGUUGAUAAGGGGAUCACGACACCAGAACCCUCUUUUAGUAAGCGGCAAGAAGACAAGUGGUGGCUACCAGUGCCACGUGUCCCUGCUAAUGGUCUUCAAGAAGCUACACGAAAACGAUUAAACUACAAACGUGAAUCCGCUAAUCAGAUUCUAAAAGCUGCCAUGUCAAUCAACAGUGUUUCUUUAUCUGAAAUGGAAGUUCCCGAAUCAUACCUGGAAUCCCUUCCAAAGAAUGGAAGAGCUUGUCUAGGAGAUGUGAUGUAUCAGUAUAUAACAUCGGAGCAAUUCUCAUCAGAAUGCUUGUUAGAUUGCCUUGAUCUUUCAUCUGAACAUGGUGUUCUAGAAAUUGCAAACCGUGUGGAAGCAGCAAUGUAUAUAUGGCGUAAAAAACCCUUACCUGCUAAAACAUCAUGGGAUAUGGUGAAGGAUUUAAUGGUCGAUGGAAAUAAACAGCGGGAUUUACUCGCCGAAAGAGCAGAAAGCCUCUUGAUUUCCUUGAAACACCGGUUUCCUGGUCUAACUCAAACCUCACUAGACACCACCAAGAUUCAAUGUAACAAGGAUGUAGGAAAAUCGAUUCUGGAGAGCUAUUCUAGGGUUUUGGAGAGCUUAGCAUACAACAUAGUGGCGCGUAUAGACGAUCUGUUAUACGUAGAUGAUUUGUCUAAACAGUCGAAUAAUCGAGCAUCAUCUAGAGUGAGCACAAGUAGUCACAAGAGGGUUUCAGUGAGCGUGAGCAGCACUGGGUCACCAUAUAGACCUAGUUUUGGGACACCGAAAUUCUCACCUGGACCACCGCUAGUGAGCCCUGCAAGAGGAGACAGAACGCCUUUCUUGACCAACAAUGGCAACAAGCCUCCUAGCCGUGGUUGUGGGGUCAGACGAGCUUUAACGAGCUAUCUUGCUGGUGGGGAAUCAAGGGUGAGGAAUAGUUGUCGGUUGAUAGAAGGUCCAGCUGCUUCUCUUUCUACAAGAAAUGCAGAGCCACCAACCCAAAAGGAAAACCGGACUCCAGCUAGGGCACAGAGAGGUACGAGUUGAAGGGAUUUGCUGUGGAUGUUUGAGGGAUAUGAUCGAUGCUAAAAGUUUAAUGAAUUACUAGUUCAUCUCAUCUUCUAUCACUUCAAUCACAUAAUUGAAUGCAAGAUACCAAGUUUGUUGUACAAUAUAUAUCAUAACAUUAACCUUAUAUUUGA